UAUCCAGGUUUGCAACUUCGCAAUUCCCUCUGGUUCCCACCGGAAGCACCCCCAGAUUGAUUGCUUCGCCGGCAAAACUUGACGUCCGAUAAUGUACGGCGGCUCCGGUAAGCUUGGCCGUGGCCGAGGUGGUGGUCCUGUCAAGCGGAAUAUCCACACCACCUUCCAACCAUCUUCUGUUCAACGCCCAUCCACUACGCCUGGCGGUGGUCGUCUAUCAGCCGGCGGUGGUCACCGUAACCGUAGUAAUACGCCUGUCGCUCCCGCUCUAGUAUCUACGGCAGAGGAAACAUUCAGUUUAGUUCGUAACAACCCUCUCAAUUUUGGUAUGAUUAUCAGGCUCUCACCUGUCCUUGUUGAAGAAAUCAAGCGCCUUGAGGCGCAAGGCGGUGCCGCCAGGAUGAAAUUUGAUUCGAGUGCUAAGAAUCCUGCUGGAAAUAUCAUCGAUGUAGGAGGCAAGGAGUUCAGAUUCACAUGGUCCCAAGAAACUGGAGACCUAUGUGACAUAUAUGAAGAAUGUGAAAGUGGUGAUAAUGGAAAUGGACUGCUUGUUGAAUCUGGAGGUGCUUGGCGAAAGUUGAAUGUGCAACGUGAAUUAGACGAGUCAUUUAAAAAUCAUGUUAAAAUGCGCACAGUGGAAGCAGAACGCAAACACAAAUCACGGACAGCCAUUGUUUUAGACCACCCAUCUACGAAGAAUCAUAUGAAGGCCGUAGCUGCCGCUGAAGUAAAUAAUACGUGGAGAGGGUCAUACAAACAAAAGAAAGAACCCCCUUUCAAAAAGAUGAAAGCCGAUACUUAUUCAGGCCCUCCUAAAUCUGUUGGAAAAGCUAGAUUGUCCUCGUCAACUCCUUCCAAAGUGAGGACUUCUGCUUCACCACUACUAUCUACACCCGAACAAUCUGGAGCUCCAUUAUCCCCACAUAGAAAUAGCAAUGCUCUUAAAGUACAUGCAAACAGAGAUGAUGCUACUUUGAAUCAAUCUAGUAAAGAGAAUGCUGGCACCUCUGAGAAAGAAAUGCUCAACAGAGGUUCUGUUGGUGCCAUACAGAAUAAACCAGGGAGCAACGAAAAAUUUGGAAACAAACCUACUGACCUGCCGAGUUUGCUAAUAUCUCUUCUCAUGGAGAAGCCACAGGGAAUGAACCUCAAGGCUCUGGAGAAAGCUGUUGGAGAUACCAUUCCCAAAUCUGUGAAGCAAAUUGAGCCCAUCUUGAAAAAAGUUGCUGUUCUCCAAGGUUCAGGAAGAUAUAUUUUGAAACCCGACGUCGAUUUAGAAAGUUUCAAGAAAUAUUCAUCCGGAAGUGGAAGCUCUCCAGAGAACAAUCAUCACCACAGAGAGGUAACUGCUCCAGAAUCUAGCUUUCCCUCGAAAGCUAAUGAUGUAAAAGAAUCCGAGGAACCAUCUCACCUUAUUUCUGCACCUUAUGAGGAGUUAAAUCUUUCAGAAAAGAUUGAUAUCGAGCACCGUUCGCCAGAUGUAUUAAGCGAGAAAAAAGUUUCUGAAAAUAGUGAAGGGCCUGCAGCUAGCUCUAGCUUGAGCGGAAGUGACAGCGAUAGCGAAAGUGACAGCAGUGAUAGUGGAAGUGACAGUGGAAGCCCUAACAGAAGUCCUGCAGGAAGUGGGAGUGGGAGCAGUGGUGACAGUGAAAGUGACGCCUCUUCAAACAGCAAAGAGGGGUCUGACGAAGAUGUGGAUAUUAUGAGUGAUGACGAUAAAGAACCCAAGCAGAUAUUACUACAUCCAGAUCCAGGGUUGUCAACACCUCGAGUUCCUUCCACAGCUCCUGAAGUCGGAUAUGCACGUAAUUUGGUUGAUGAAAAGGAUGAAGAAAAUGGGUCUGAUUUUGUUGAGCUCGAGAGAGAUUUGUUUGCAGAUAACCAGGAAGCUGAUAUGCAUGUAACUACCAACUCUUUUCCUGAUAAAGAUGGAGAUAAUUAUGCAGAUGAGAGCCGAAAUCUCUUCGUCAAUCAUAUCGAGCAUCAAGAUAGAAAUUUACACAGUGACAAGGAAAAUGUGGCCAAGGAUGGGUCGGAGGAGAUUGAAAGAGUUGUACCCAGGACUAAGGCCAAAAGGGGAUUUGAUGAAAAUGAACAUGCAAAAAGAUUAAAAACAGGGAACUGGGCUAGACCAGCAAUCCCUAGGGGGAGAAACUCUUUCUCGGAAAGCCCUCUCAGUAGAUCUCCUGACGGGCCCAAUGAAGUCCCUUACAGGGGUCCUAUGGUUCAAAUGGACAGAACUGUUAGGGAUGUGACUGAUUAUGACUAUGAAAAAGUUGAUAACCGUGAAGUCCCUGGAAAUUCUACUUCAGAUUCCCCGAGAUCAGGCCCAAGAGCGAUUGAUCUUAAUGCACGAGCAAAAGCUCCUGCUAGUAUGGAGAGGACAGAGAGAUAUGUUGAAGGUUUGGACCUGGAUAGGUACUCUGAAAGGGGUCCUCAAGGGCAUGAGCCAUUUUUCCCGCAGAAGGAUAAAACCAACAAAGAAAUACGAGAUGAAGAUGGUCAUUCCAAGGAUAGAAGGCCUCCAAAGAAUUCUAGGUUGGGUGCUGAUGGAGGCAAACAUUCAGGCUCUCAUCAAAAGAAACAUGAUGCUUUGAUUGGGAAGAUUAAGGAGGCCGGAUUAGUGUCAACAUCACAGCCUAAGGAUUCUCCCAUUGAUAACUAUAGAACUGACAUGAAAAAGUCUCCUGUCGUAAAUGGCCGUGGAGCUACACUCCGGAGAGAGGCUUCAGCCUUGGAAAUGGGUGAAUUUCGUGAGGACUUGCUUGAAGAAACAUCUGGGGCUAAGAAGCGUUUUGAGAGAAACAGUUCCUUCAAACAAUCAGAGAACAAACCAAGUUCAGAUCACCGGAAUCUGGAUGCAAGUAAAGGAAAUCUUGCUGGAAGAACAAGUUUAGAUUCUGCAAAGGCGUCUCCACUUCAAUCAGGUAUUGGCACGUCCAGCAUUCCACCGAGCUUAUCUAAAAAGCUUAUUUCCGAGGAUCACAAUGAUGAUUUUGCAAGGAUUAAUGGCAAGCCCAUCCAGCGGGAGACUCAGGCACUGUCAAGAGUAGAUCAUGUGAAACCUGGGUCACAGCAAAAUAAAUUUGCAGAGACAAACAGUAAAGGUAGACAUAACGAGGCUGGGGCAGGUCAGGGAAUUGGUUCAGAAGGGUACUCAGACAGUCAAAGAAAAGUUCCACCUGUGGGUGCAGCACAGAAGUAUGAGAAACAAGGAGCUCCUCCUACGACAAGAGAUAACAGAAGACAAAAGUCCAACGAUUUGGGGGAGAAAAGGAAGGAUUUCUGGCUGGUAGAUAGUAGGGAUAGCGGACAAAAGAGGAGGGAGAUGGAAUCUUCUUCGGAUGACAGUAUCACUUCAUAUACCAAGUAUGAGAAGGAGGAGCCAGAGAUGAAAGGACCUAUAAAUGAUCUUUCACAGUACAAUGAGUAUGUGCAGGAGUACCGUGAAAAGUAUGAUUGCUACCACACGUUGAACAAAAUUUUACAGUCUUACAGGACUGAGUUUCAAAUUUUUGGAAGGGACCUUGAGCUUGCUAAAGGAAGGGAUAAUGUUAGAUAUAACAAUAUAUUGGAGCAGUUAAUGGAAUCCUAUCGCCAGUGUGCAACGAAACAUAAACGGCUAAAGAAGAUUUUUGUUGUGCUUCAUCACGAACUGCAGCAUUUGAAGGAGAUGAUUCGAGACUUUGCGGAGAAACAAACAAAAGGAUGAAUCACAAAUUCGCGUUUGCAACCCGAUCAUGAUGUGGCUUAUUGAAACAGGAAACCUCAAAUUGAAAUGUGGAGAGAGAGAGAGAGAGAGAGAGAGGCUUUCAGUGUUUUAUUUUUAAUUUCACCGUGUUGCCUAUAAGUAGGCUGCUCGAUUUCGUUCGAUGGUUUUCUUGAAUCGGGCUAUGAAUGGAGAUGUUGAAUGACACCUGGUUGAGGUUUCGGUAGACAUAUUGGAGAUGGAAAAGUUUUGGAUUAGUUUCGGUGGGCGUUGGUAUAUAAACGUUGUACAUGUAAUUUUGUUACAUCUUUUUUCCGGUUUUUUUUCCGGUCAGAAAUGGUUUUUUGGGUGUUAUAUUUGUAGUGCACAGAGUUAAGGUUUCAAUUCUAGCAGUUUGAUUGAAUUUUCUGAUCCAAAAGUGGAUCUCAAAAGCCUUUUUUAGCUUUGUACAAAAGUAUAACUAUUCAUGAACGUUUGUUGUUUAUUUGAGCUUUUAGGUUAUGAAGUCAUGCGUUAAUACU